AUGCCGUGCCGCUGGUCCCGACGCUGCAACGCAGCAGCAGCCGCAGCAGACAACAAUGACACCCUCCCAUCUCCUUCCUCUACUCCCAAUGUCGAAUCCUGGCAGCAAAUCCGUAGACAGAACCUCCGCAUGAUGAGGAAACAGGUCCGCAGCAUUGUGCUGUUGAUGGCCUUGAUUGAAGCCAUUCGUGUCGGUCCGGUUCAGAUCGUCUAUGCUGGCCGUCAGGGAUAUCCCGCUCCUGGACCUGAAGAUUACGGGAUUGCAUACAGCGUUGGAUACUUCGUCAGCUGGCUCUAUGUCUGCCUCUUCAUGAUUAUCUUCGUGCCACUCUUCAGCUGGUGGGUUCCUGCGACCUCCUCUGAUUCCGAGAACCCUGGUCGAGCCGAGACCUUUGUCGUCAUUCUCCAAAAGAUCAAUAUGGUCCUCCUCCCUGCAAGCAUUGGCAUCAGCCUCGCAACCUACGCCUACUACACCAUCCAGACCUUGAUCUACGUUGAUCGCCGCACCAUUGGAUCCAGGAAACUCCCCAAGAAUACUCGCGAGAACUGGAUGGUGCGCUUGUUCUUGCUUCUUGGUAUCCUUAUUUCCACUUCUUUCGGAUACGGGGCCUUCCAGAUCCUUGCAGAUAUGGACCUAGCGCACGUCAAGACAUUGGAAUAUGCCAUCAUUGUCGUGCCUGUUCAGAUCAACUUGGGUAUUCUGUUCGGAACACUAGUGCAGUUCAAGAUGGAGAAGCGCAUGAUCAAGAAACAAAUGGCCAAGGGCCCUCAGAGCGUCAGCGCUGAUGUUAAGGUUGAUACUGAGACUGCAGCAAUUGAUGAGAAAGCCGCUCUAUUGGACGUGUAG